ACACAUUCAACGGUAACGUAUCCUUCAUUCCACUCCUGGGUCAUUCCAAGCCUGAGCUUUAUCAUCUGACUCACCCAGAAUCCAGACGCCUUGCCAGUGCUCGUCAAAUCUGAGGACAGAAACACAAGACAAGAAACAAACACUAUGUUUCUUACAAAAACGUUUUUCGUGAUCCUUUUCAGUCUUUCACUGAAUGUAUGGCUCUGUGAGACUGCAACUGUGAUACUUUUGGAUCAACAAGAAGAUAUUAAAACAGUUGAUAUCAAUCUUGGGAAAGCAUAUGCCGCUCGAAGCUGCAAAGAACUUCAGAAAAAGUAUCAUGUUAAGGAUGACGGCCUGUACUAUCUGAACUCCUCCAGAGGCGUCCUGUACCAGACCUUCUGUGAUAUGACCACUGCGGGCGGAGGCUGGACGCUGGUCGCCAGUGUUCAUGAAAACAACAUAUACGGAAAGUGCACUGUUGGUGAUCGCUGGUCUAGUCAGCAGGGCAGUGAACCAAAACGGCCUGAUGGUGAAGGGACAUGGGCAAACACAGUCACAUUCGGAAGUGCAGAUGCCUCUACAAGCGAUGAUUAUAAGAAUCCUGGAUACUUUGACAUCCCAGCACAAGAUGUGUCCGUGUGGCACGUUCCUAAUAAUAUGGAGGUGGAAUCCUGGAGCGCUUCCUCCAUCCUGCGAUACCACUCCGAAAAUCACUUCUUAACUCUCCACGGGGGAAACCUUUACAACUUAUUCAAGAAAUUCCCGGUGAGGUUUGGCAUAGGGACAUGCAUCACUGAUAAUGGACCUGUUAUUCCAAUAGUGUAUGACUACGGAAAUGCGGAUAACAUCAGAAAUCUCUAUGGUCCCAAUUCAAGAACAAAUUUUCAGCCUGGAUUCAUCUCAUUCAGAGUCUUUAAUCAUGAACGGGCAGCCAUGGCUCUGUGUUCAGGUACCAAACCAACCGACUGCAACACUGAACAUUUCUGUAUUGGUGGAGGUGGACACUUUCCCGAGGCGUCCCCUAGGCAGUGCGGGGACUUUACGGGAUUUGACUGGGAUGUUGCGGGAUGGAGCGCUUCUAAAGAGAUCACUGAAGCAGCCGUGCUUCUUUUUUAUCGCUGACACUCACAGCAAUCUGAAAUCACCAGCAUCCUUUACUUCUUUCUAAGAUUUUCCAGAUUAAUUAACACCUGAAUUUUACAUACACAAUUAUUUGCUCAAAUGUAUUUCUUAUAUCCCAUGGUUGUCAAUUAUACUGUGUUCAGACACCAGAUUAAAUACUUUCGUUUAACUUCUAGUCUACAAGGUACUUUGACAAAUUUUGUAAUGAAUCAUUUCUAACAAUUCUUUUUCAUGCAGGAUAUUUGUAAUAUUCUUUUGAAAACGAAAUGUCCGCAGCACUUGGGCCAAAUAGUAAAAAUGAUGGACAUGACAUUGAAAUAUAAUAAUAGCCCCAUGACAUAUUAUUGAGUAAUUAACAAAUUGCUUUGACAUUAAAAGGAGGAGAUUGCUGAAUUUGCACUUAUGUUGAACCAAUCAUAUUAGAGAAAAAUGGUGUGAUGAUAUUGAGUAAUAUGUCAUGUUACCUUUACUAUGUACCUAUCCUAUAACUCUUGUACUCUUCUUGCUUGUGGGAUUCUCUCUAGAAUGUGUGAUUCCCUCCCUGUCGUGAUUAAAGCAUAUUCAAAGGCA